AUGAUCUCCAAUCGCAAGGGACGCUCGCUUACAACAAUCCUCUUUCUACUUAUUACCGCAUAUCUCUUCCUAGUUUGGUUACCACUCAGCCGCCUUCAUGCCUGGCAGCACAAGCACCCAAAGCCGGUCCCGGCAGCCACUAUCUUCUUGCCAGAUACGAUCCAUCUAAACGCAGCUACGGAGAGGUUCCCCGUUACCUCGUACAUUCCUUUACCAACAUCUCCAUCUGCAAUCCCCCAAAUCCAGCAUAAUUUUCCACCUGAAUCUAGAGCUGAGCGCAAGGGCAGAAUUAAGAAACAAAAUGCCGUGAAGGAAGCUUUUAUGCACUCAUGGAAUGGCUACAAAGACCAUGCGUGGCUGCGAGAUGAAGUCUCGCCACAGACCGGUGGAUAUCAAGACUCCUUCAGCGGGUGGGGUGCGACUCUGGUGGAUUCGCUCGACGCGUUGAUUAUCAUGGGGCUGGAUGACGAGCUCGAUCUAGCCAUAGAGGCUUUGGAUCAAAUCGACUUCACCACUACCCGGAGCGCGCAAGUGAAUGUGUUUGAAAUUAUCAUCAGAUACAUGGGCGGCUUCCUUGCUGCUCACGAUCUGACCAACGGCAAACACCCGAUCUUCCUCAAGAAAGCUGCAGAGCUCGGUGACAUGAUCUUCAAUGCAUUUGACACGCACAACCGAAUGCCACAAAUGCGGUGGGACUGGUCCAAAUCCGCCCAGGGCGAAGAAAUUGAACCGUCAGAGCGCACAAGCUUAGCCGAGUUAGGUUCUCUAACCGUUGAAUUCACUCGACUGUCUCAACUGACGGGCGACCUGAAAUAUUUCGAUGCCGUCCAGCGGAUCACGAACGAGCUGGAACGGGGCCAAUCAAAGUCCAAAAUUCCCGGGUUGUGGCCAGUGUUCGUCAACGCAAAGGAUCUGAAAUUUGACUGGUCGCAGUUUUCUCUCGGCGGUUCUGCUGAUUCGACUUACGAGUACUUACCCAAGGAACAUAUCCUCCUUGGUGCGCAGACGGACCAGUACCGCCAUAUGUACGAGAAGGCCAUCGAGGCGAUCAAGAAGAAACUACUCUUCCGUGCGAUGACGAAGGAUGAGGAUAAACAGUUCCUUUUCACUUCGAAUGUCCGUGGGCUGAAGGGAGGUUCCCUUCACGGCAUCGAGUAUGUUCAGGACCACCUGAAGUGUUUCUUGGGUGGCACCGUUGGCUUGGCGUCCAAGAUCUUCAACCGGACAGAAGACCUUUCUAUUGCACGAGGUCUUACGGAUGGAUGUAUCUGGGCCUAUGACUCCAUGCCAACGGGAAUCAUGCCCGAGACGAUGACAGUCAGCCCCUGCAAAGAGAUGGAGAAAUGCCCGUGGGAUGAGGGCAAGUGGUACGAAGAUGUCCUCGGCCAGCCAAUCCACUCGAUGGGGCAUCUCGAAAGAGCACAGGAACAGGUCGAGUAUGAUGGACUCCCUCCCGGUGUCGUCGGAAUCUCGGAUCCGACAUACAAGCUCAGACCGGAAGCUAUCGAGUCCAUCUUCAUCAUGUAUCGGAUCACGGGCGACAAGACGCUCCAGGAUGCUGCAUGGCGUAUAUUCCAGAGAAUCGACAAGGUAACGCGCACAAAGUAUGGUCACUCUGCCAUCGAGGAUGUGCGCAACCCGCUUUCGAAAAUGAGCGACAAAAUGGAAAGCUUCUGGCUUGCCGAAACGCUCAAGUACCUGUACCUGAUCUUUUCCGAGCCUGGCUAUAUCAGCUUGGAUGAAUAUGUUCUGAGUACCGAGGCACAUCCAUUCAAGCGACCAGCCGGGCCUGUAUGA